AUGAAUAACUCUCAAAACUUUGACAUACAUAACUUGAGAAAAAUAGGGAAACUUGGAGUAACUGUAGGAACAAUACUUGGUUUAACAUCAUUUGGUAGUUGGUUACUUAACAACAGUUUAUAUAAUGUCGAAGCAGGAAAAAGAGCAAUAAAAUAUAAUAGACUAUUUGGUCUAUCAAAUAAAAUAUAUGGUGAAGGAACACAUUUUUUAAUACCAUAUUUUGAAAGAUCAAUUAUUUAUGAUGUUAGAACAAAACCAAGAGUAUUAAUGUCCUUAACUGGUUCAAGAGAUUUACAAAUGGUUAAUAUAACAUGUCGUGUAUUAUCCAGACCUAAUGAAUAUAAAUUAGUUGAAAUUUAUCGAACCUUAGGUAAAGAAUAUGAUGAAAAAGUAUUACCUUCUAUUAUUAAUGAAGUAUUAAAAAGUGUAGUAGCACAAUAUAAUGCCUCUCAAUUAAUUACACAAAGAGAAGUUGUAAGUAAAUCAGUCAGAGAUCAAUUAGUUCGUCGAGCAAAAGAUUUUAACAUUCUACUUGAUGAUGCAUCAAUUACUCACUUAAGUUUUAGUGCCGAAUAUGAAAAAGCCGUUGAAGCUAAACAAGUAGCACAACAAGAAGCGGAAAGAAGUAAAUAUAUUGUUUUAAAAGCAGAACAAGAAAAAAAAUCUACUAUUAUUAAAGCUCAAGGAGAAGCUGAAGUUGCUAAAUUAAUUGGGCUAGCUGUUAAAGAUAAUCCCGCUUUUAUGGAAUUAAAAAAAAUCGAAUUAUCCAAAGAAGUUUCAAAUAUAAUUUCAAAAUGUCAAAAUAAAGUUAUGUUACCUGCUGAUUCAUUACUCAUUAAUUUUUCUAAAUAA